GCUUCGAGUACGGGAUUGAGAACGUCGACGUCUGGUGUGUUUGGUGGCGAGGGUGAAUGCUGAUUGACGGAUUGAUGGCAGGCUGGUGCGGUGAUACCUCCCUCCACUGCGCCGAUGAGUGUCAGGCGGACUACGGAAUUUGCACCGACGGUGCCGAACCCGGGGGACGGUGUGGAGCCCAGGGGAACGGAACGGUGUGUGCUGCUGCUACCGAUUGCUGCUCGAGCGACGGCUGGUGUGGAACCACGAGCGAUCAUUGCAUGGCUCCGUAUUGUCAGGAGGGCUUCGGCAUGUGCGAUUCGGACUACGUCCCCGCAGGUGGAAAUACGACCGAUAUCCCACGGACGAAGGUCGGAGAUGUUCCCUACGGCGCCGAUAUCUACGAUUGCGUGAACGCCGGCGACAUCGCCUUGACCUACGACGACGGCCCCGACAUCUACACGGACGCCAUGCUCGACAUCCUCGCAAACUACAGCGCCAAAGCCACCUUCUUCAUCACGGGCAUCAACAAUGCCAAGGGCCCGAUCGACACCACUCCCGCCUGGAACGCCGUGAUCAAAAAGAUGGAGGCGGCCGGGCACCAGCUGGCCUCGCACACCUGGUCGCAUGCCGACCUCUCGACCCUGACCGAAGAGAAGCGACGGACGGAGAUGUACAAGCUCGAGGCGGCGAUGCGCAACAUCGUCGGCUUCAUUCCCACGUACAUGCGGCCGCCGUACUCGAGCUGCACCGCGGCAUGCAUGGCCACCAUGAAAGAGCUUGGAUACCACAUCACUUACUUCGACCUCGACACCGACGACUACAACAAUGUCACCCCGGACCUGAUCCAGAACGCAAAGAACAACUUUGCCAACGCCGUCAAUCCGAGUAAUCCGGCGACCGAUGCGUGGUUGUCGAUCGCCCACGAUAUCCACGAGCAGACGGCGAUGAACCUGACGCAGUACAUGCUCGAGACUCUCACCGCUAGGGGGUACAAGGCCGUCACGGUUGGAGAGUGUAUGGGUGACCCCAAGGAGAACUGGUACAGGUAUCCUACCGAUACUCCUGUGUCCUCCUCCUCGACCGUCGCCUCCUCUCCCACCACCUCCUCCCCGCCCACAUCUACCGAUCCCACCGUCCCCGAAUCCGUCACCUCAUCCCCAGCGAGCGCCUGCCCAACCACAGUCGCAAACUGGUGUCCCCUCGCGCUGCCCUCGUACACCACGAUAGCAGGAUGCUGGACGGCAACAGGCCAAUGCUGGGACGCGGGCGACCUCUGCUGGAGCACCGUGCCCGCCGAGGACCAGUCGGGCUGCGAGAAGUAUCAGGAGAUUUGCGCGCUGGUCGAGGACCACUGUCAGUCGUGCAUCACGGCGGUGGGCAGUGGCGAGGGCGCUUGUGCUGAGUUGGCGGUUGUUUAUUAGCCUGGUGAUUGAUGAUUUAUAAUGGCGAGGUAAUGGGAUAUGAAGAGAUGCUGGGAUGCGGGGGUGAUGGGAUAUGGGGGGAUGAUGGGAUAUGCGGGGGAGGAUGGGAUAUGGGAAAAGGCUGGGAUUUGGCGGGAUACGCCUUAAUGUUUGUUGCGGACCACGAUCCGAUGCAUGUUGGUAAUUAUUGGAAUGAAAAUGUAUAAUGGAUCUCACUUCA